AUGCAAGAUGUACGUCUUCUACCUCUCAGCCAUCACUGCUCGGCCAUGACUCAACCCACCACCGAUCAGCAAGCAUCCCAGAAAUUGAAUGAAGGCAGCAUCAAGGUUCCUUGCAUUAAGGUUUCUCGCAGUCCCAACUGGCUCUUGCAGUACAUGUGCGAUGUCUCAUGGGUUUCUUCCCCAAUGAUGGUAAGGUGGCUCAGUACAAGAAAGAGCACCGGCAAUUCCGGGACAUUAGUGGAUGACUGGAUGAUAAACAGAGAAAUAGAGUUGACUGACCAAAUGUCAGUUGGGUAG